AUGUUUUGUUUGAUCAAAUUAAAUCUAGCUGAACUCAUUGCGAAGCAAAUUGAGAAGCAAGGAAGUAUGCGUGUGUUAGAGCUUCGCGGAAACACACUUGGAAUCGAGUCAGGAAAACGCAUUGCCAGUGCUCUUGAACAGCAUCCAGAGCUGGAGCGCUGUUUAUGGAGCGAUAUGUUCACUGGAAGGCUUAGAAAUGAGAUUCCUUCCAUACUGAAGUGCUUAUGCUCAGCGAUAAUAUCCGCGAACUGUCACAUAACCGAACUCGACCUUUCUGACAAUGCUUUUGGUCCUAUCGGAGCUGAGGGCAUACAAGAUUUUCUUGUGUCCCCAGCAGCAUAUUCCUUGCAAGUUUUGAAACUCAACAAUAAUGGACUUGGAGCCGGUGGGAAGGUCAUUGCACGAUGUCUUUCGGAAUGCCACGAUAAAUCUGUCAAAGCAGGUAGGAUCCUGAAGUUGAAAACAUUCGUAGCUGGUAGAAACCGUCUCGAAGUACCCGGUGCUACCGCCUUGUCAUCUGCAUUUGAGGUGAAUGACAACUUCUUUAUAUGCUUCACAUCUCCGUCGUUCCUUUAA